UUGAAUUCUACAUAAGCGAUGAAACGCGACGCGACACAGAUCAGUCAGAUCUGUUUAUAUGUUGAUUAACGGGAGCGCGGCGGUUCUGACGCGUCGCGUCGCUCUCGCGCUGAUAGGCGGGUUCACGCGCGGCUUUGAGCGUGUUUCUGCGUGACUGUGUUUCAAACUCUCAGCUGGACUGAAGAACUCUAGAAAACUUCAUUUGGACGCAAAACAGAUGAUGUCGCGAAUAUUAAGCGCGUUUAACACUCACAUUAUUAAACACUUCACAGGGAGAUUUGGGCGGAUUUCUGCACGGAGCUUCACAACAGAUGACGGUGAUGGAGGUGCUGGAGUUUUGAGCAAGCGUCUGAAGGACACGGCAGAGACGGUGAUCAUCGGUGGCGGAUGUAUCGGGGUCAGUCUGGCGUAUCAUCUGGCCAAAGCGGGUCAGAAGGACGUGGUGCUGCUGGAGAAGUCCGAGCUGACGGCCGGAUCCACAUGGCACGCGGCAGGACUCACCACAUAUUAUCAUCCCGGCAUUAAUCUGAAGAAGAUUCAUUAUUACAGUAUUAAACUGUUCGAGCAGCUGGAGGCCGAGACUGGACAGGCAGUGGGUUUCCAUCAGCCUGGCAGCAUCAGGUUGGCAUCGACUCCUGUCAGAGUGGAUGAACUGAAAUAUCAGAUGAGCAGAACACACUGGCACCCCACACCACAGUUCCUCAUCGGACCAGAGAAGAUCCAGGAGCUCUUUCCACUGCUCAAUAUGAACAAGGUGUUGGCGGGUCUCUAUAAUCCAGGUGAUGGCCACAUUGAUCCAUAUUCUCUGACGAUGGCUCUGGCCGCGGGUGCCCGAAUGUACGGCACUCAGAUCUAUUGCCCCGCCCCUGUUACCGGCCUCACGGCAACCGCUGAUGGCAAAUGGGACGUCCAGACCCCACAUGGAACCAUUCGAGCCAAUCGCAUCGUAAAUGCAACAGGAUUCUGGGCGCGAGAGCUGGGUCACAUGAUCGGUUUCCAGCACCCCACCAUCCCAGUGCAUCACCAGUAUGUCGUCACGGCAACAGUUCCCGAGGUGAAGGCCCUGAAGACAGAGCUUCCCGUGAUCAGGGAUUUGGAGGGGUCGUAUUACCUGCGUCAGGAGCGAGACGGGCUGCUAUUCGGACCGUACGAGAGAGAGGAGAAGAUGAUGCUGCAAGACUCCUGGAUCACAGACGGAGUUCCUCCAGGUUUUGGUAAGGAGUUGUUUGAGUCCGAUCUGGACCGUAUCAUGGAUCAUGUGGAAAUGGCGAUGGAGAUGGUGCCGGCUCUGAAGGAUGCUGAAAUCAUUAACAUCGUCUCUGGACCAAUCACAUAUACUCCUGACCUGCUUCCCAUGAUCGGACCGCACCAGGGCGCUCACAACUACUGGACCGCCAUCGGCUUUGGGUAUGGGAUCAUUCAUUCUGGAGGUGUUGGGAAGUUUCUCAGCGAUUGGAUCAUGAGUGGCGAACCUCCGUAUGACCUCAUCGAAUGUGACCCGAAUCGCUAUGGUCACUGGACGACUGUACCGUACGUGUGCGCCAAAGCCAGAGAAUCGUACGGAUUCAACAACAUCGUGGGUUACCCAAAAGAGGAGCGUUUCGCGGGCCGGCCGACUCACAGGGUCAGUGGUGUGUACGAGCUGUUGAAGGAGAAAUGUUCCAUGGGUUUCCAUGCGGGCUGGGAGCAGCCACACUACUUCUACAAACCUGGAGACGAGACGGGAUACAAGCCCAGUUUCAGAAGGACUAACUGGUUCGGGCCGGUCGGCUGUGAAUGUAAACUGGUGAUGGAGAAAGUGGGUGUGAUUGACCUUUCACCCUUUGGGAAGUUUAUGGUGACAGGAGAAGAUUCGCAGCAGUUGCUCGAGCAUCUGUUUGCCAACACACUGCCGAAGGUGGGUCAAACGAACAUCAGUCACAUGUUGACCCCACGGGGGCGUGUCUAUGCUGAGGUCACCAUUAGCCAUCUCACACCAGGAGAAUUUUUGCUCAUCACAGGCUCUGGAUCAGAACUGCACGACCUCAGAUGGAUUGAGCGUGAGGUGUUUGAUGGUGGUUAUCGUGUGAGUGUGUCUAAUGUCACAGAUGAGAUUGGCGUGUUGGGUGUCGCCGGGCCGAACUCUCGCAAGGUUCUUCAGAAACUGACAGAUGAAGAUUUGAGUGACACUGGAUUCAGAUUCCUGCACUGCAGAUCCAUUCAGCUGAACGGCGUUCCUGUACGAGCCAUGCGCAUAUCAUACACAGGUGAGUUGGGUUGGGAGCUGUACAUUGACAUGAAGAACAUGAGUGCUGUGUAUCAGUCACUGAUGGACGCUGGACAGGACGAGGGAAUCGAUGACUUUGGCACGUACGCCAUGAACUCACUGAGACUGGAGAAAGGAUUCAGAGCCUGGGGUGCUGAGAUGAAUUGUGACACGAAUCCUCUUGAAGCUGGUUUGGAUUAUUUCAUCAAACUCAAUAAGUCUGCAGAUUUCAUCGGUAAACAGGCUCUGCUGGAGAUCAAGUCUCAGGGUUUGAAGCGCAGACUGGCAUUUCUCACGCUUCAAACGGACGACAUCGACCCGGAGGGCAACGAGACAAUCUGGCAUAAUGGCAAAGUUGUCCUCUGCGGUUUGCGCCCACUGCUGGUGGUCAGAUGAUGUCAUCGACACUCUCUGAGCCGCUGAAGAAGCUGAUGCUGUGUAACAUCGAGUAGGAUCCUGAGGAGCAUAUGGAGAUUUCCCAUCAGCACCCCAAGGUCGUCAACUUCCUGCUCAGACGCUUACAUCAUUACCAGAGUCAAGCUGAAUCAAUCACAUUCCCACAUGACAACCCCCGCUGUGACCCCGGGCCCUCAGGGGCUUGGGACCCUGGCAGUGAUGAAGAUGAAGAAGAGCAGUAGUGUGUGUGUGUGUGUGUGUGUGUGUGUGUGUGUGUGUGUAUGUAUGUGUGUGUGUGUGUGUGUGUGGGCAGGUUUAAGUGGUUUAUGAGGACUAUUUUAAAAAUUAUUAUUAGAUCUGUAUAAAAUCCACAAAAUGAAUGGAAGUCUAUGGAGAGUCCCCACAAUGAUAUAAAAACAAGUUUGUGUGUGUGCGAGUGUGUGUGUGUGUGUGUGUGUGUGUGUGUGAGUGUUUGUGUGUGAGUGUGUGUGUGAGAGGUGUGUGUGUGUGUGUGUGUGUGAGUGUUUGUGUGUGAGUGUGUGUGUGUGAGAGUGUGUGUGUGUGUGUGUGUGUAUUAAAUGAGGUCCAGAUUGUGUGUUGUUUUUUUUCUCUUUGGUUUUGGCCGAGCACACUGGCUCACAUGAUCUGAACACACAAACUGUGUGAGAGAGACUGUACUGUUGCACAAUAACAGUGCCAUGUUGUGUGUUGUUUUGUGUUGUUGUACAGUGACACACACACACACACACACACACACACACACUUGUCUAAAGCUUCACCAUAAUCACAGACAGCAUUCUGAAAUAAUGAUGAUUUGGCAGUUCUUUUCACACACUAUUUCGCUUUUCCACCUUAUUUAGCAGCGUAAAUCUAAACUUUUUUAUAUUUAAUUUUUUUUUUAAUAAUUAUUAUUCAAUGUAAAUUUAUAUCAUUUUUUGGUGUUUAUAUUACAAUGGCAUUAAUUUAAGAAAUGACUAUGAUGAGGUCAGCUGGUCUUUUUCUGAUUGUCUUGUGGAAAGUCAUGGAAAUGUAAUGAAAUGGACUUUUGCUUUUACUGUGAAUGCAAAAAUAAUAUUUGCUGUGGUUUAUAAUUUAUAAGUUUUUCCAAACUUAAGUUUACUUCUGAAUUCCAAACCUGUAAAUAUUGUUUUGAAUGUUCAGUGUCAUGCCAAAACAUUUUUUUAACACAUCCAGUGAGCUCAGUGUGAAAAUAGAGCAAAUUCUACAUUGA